AUGGUCCAGUCUAACGACACAAACUCUCACUACAGUUUGAACAUAGGGAUGCAAGUACAUCGGGAGUUCACAGAAUGGGCUGUCAACCAAGGUGUCAUCAUCAAUGGAAUUGCACCAUUCCGGUUCCCAGGAAAGGGUCUAGGAUUGGUUGCGAAUAAGGAUUUCGAGAUAGGCGAUAUUCUGGUUCGAGUUCCCAUCAAGGCGCUUCGUAAAGCUACAGAUGUAUCUUCUCAGUAUUCCGAGUUGGCACCAGAUGUAGCUGUUCAUUCUCUUCUCGCUCUCUCCCUGGAAUCUUUGCUCGGGCCAGAAUGGAAAGCUGUCCUGCCCUCCAACCAAGACAUGCAUACCUCCAUGCCUUUAUUUUGGGAUCCUUACUUGCAGGAGCUCCUCCCAUGCCCAGCGCAGACUCUCCUUGAAGCGCAAAAGAAGAAAAUCACUUCCACCUGGACUGUUUUCUGCAAAGCGUUUCAUAAACCACCCAUAAACUACGGUGAAUUCAUGUACAACUAUAGCAUCGUCAACAGUAGAACAUUCUAUUACCUUUCACCGACUAUCAAAUCCUCCAAGCUUCAACCACAGAAGGAGGAUCGUCUUGCGUUGAAUCCUUUCGCGGACUAUAUGAACCAUAGUUCACAACCCACAGUCAAUGCGGCUCUAAGUCGCGCCGGCUACACACUCACUGCCUCGCAACCCAUCAAGCAGGGUUCCGAAGUGCACAUAUCAUACGGAAGUCACAACAACGAUUUCCUCCUCGUCGAGUACGGGUUUAUACUAGAUGACAACCGAUGGGAUGAGGUAACCUUAGAUCCAUGGAUAACACCUCUGCUAACCUCAGACCAAGAAGAAUACCUCAAGGACAUGGGAUUUCUCGGGAACUACCUGCUAGAUCGAGACACCAUAUGUUACCGCACGCAGGUAGCUUUAAGGAUUUUCUGUUUACCGUUAGGCAGAUGGAGAAGAUUUGUAGAUGGGCUCGAGGGUGAAGAGGUUUCUCAAAAAGCGGCGGAAAAAAUAUUGAUGAGAGUGCUGAUGGCUGGCAAGACCGCGGCCAUGGAAACGAUCAAGAGGAUAGGGGAAAGUCGUGCCGGGCUAGAUGACCAAAGAGACACUCUGAAUAGGCGCUGGAUGCAGAUAGUUUUAUUAUUGGAGAGGGCGUUGAACCGAAUUGAAUGCUAA